GCCGCGGAGCAACAUCAAUUAGUAUGUUUGUCUCCGGGACGACAAACAACAAAGCGGUAAACACAAGGAAUGAUCCGAGUCGUCUGCUCCCUGCCAGCAGACGAUACAUUGUCGGGGCAGCGAGAGGUGUACCACGUCCGUCGUCAAUUUCUCAAGCUAGUCCUUAGUUCGUGGUCCAAGAUGGGUUGUAAUGGCAGCAAAAGUACUCAGACGCAGUCGUCAACUGGACAGCAGCCUACGAGCGAUGCUAAACAGGAGCAGACGACAGAGGAGCAGACGAACAACGCUGCAGGGGAUCAGCCUGCUACAGAAACCAACACAGAUAACACAGAUAACACAGAUACCAACACAGAACAAACAACGACAGAACAAACACAGGAGAACACAGGUGGCAAAUCAGAACAAACUGCCAAUCAAGAGACUGCCGAACAAGAAGCAUAAACAAUAUCUAUUAGUUUUUCCAACUGCUGAUGCCAUUACGAAGGAAUAAACCCAGCCUCCGGAAUGGCAUCAGUAUGUUAUCAAUUAUCUGUGAUAUAUGACGGACUUCUCAGCAUUACUGGAAUCAAAGAGGACUCUCUUGCUAAAUGACGUCAUCAGUCCCGUGCCACGCUCAAGACCAUUCCAUCCAUUUAUCUGUUCCUCAACAUGAUCAGGCAAUAACUCUCUUCACUUUCAUUUCCUGAUUUCAAAACAUAUAUGCCUCGUGUAAAUAAACUGUUUUAGAUUCCAAAGGUCAGCUACCUUGCAUGAGAACAAUAUAUACACGGAGACCAGCACAAAGGCUUGGUCUACUAGAUAAGUGCAAUGCGGCAAGCUAGGCUGGUUCUUGCAAUAACGAAUCACAGGCACCCGACUCCAUAAUAAUACAUGUAUUCAUUUUCGUACUCAUAUUUUCACUGUUAUAAGACCAAUUUGUGAAAAUAAAUUUACAAAAUCAAAAAAAUCAUAAAUUUUUAUUUCAAUUUUGUUUAUAUAGUGUAAAUAUCUUUAAUAGUGUAAAUGUGAGGGUUUCAUAGAAAACAAUAUUAUCAAGGAGUCAGAUGCACGUUCAACAAACAGUCAACUCGGAAUAUAUCAAAGUUUCGGCGACAUUUCUCAAUUACUUAUUUACUUUUAUUCUGUACUAACUAACAAUAGCUUCAGUUGAUGCCAUUGCUGGUAUUAAAACAUAUGUCGCGGCGAUGUCCCAUCAAUCCGAAUGCGAUAUAUUUGGAGUUGACAGUUAGUUCUCUAACCUACACACGUUUUUCUAUUGGUUUUUGUCCAAUGGCUCAACGCUGUUCGGUUGUAGGGAAUAUAAAGUAGUUAGAUAAAUAUUGUUAGUCAACUGUUGGAUGUUUGUUCCUCGCAUAAUCUGAAAUAUGACAUAUCUAAUCCGUCCAUUUAGAUGUGAUUCUCACGACAGCGUUGAAUUUUAUUUCAGCCAAGAAGCAUUUAAAUUUACAUAUGCAAGUAAUACGUUGCUUUAAGUUAGACAAAAUUUCACUUGAAAAUUAUAUUCGUUGUACAGUGAACCACUGAAGUCAUUACUGAUACAGUCACAUCCCUUUAGUCAAAACCCUCGUAAUGCGGAAUCCCCACUUUACGGACAGUUGCCGUUUAUUAUUAAUAGAACAGUAUUACUAUAUACACUUUAUUCGUUAUUUAACUGUGUACGGCACAUCCGCAUUAUAUGGCUGCAAUUAUAUUGUAGGUCUUUAGAUGCUUCAGGGGCGAUGGGGUAGCCUAGUGGUUAAAGCGUUCCUUGGUCACGCUGAAGACCCGGGUUCGAUUCCCCACAUGGGUACAAUGUGUGAAGCCCAUUUCUGGUUCCCCCGAAGUGAUAUGGCUUGAAUAAAACCACACUCCACACUCCAUCACCAGAUUGCUUCAGUAUUGUUUCCUUGGCAACGUGCAACAUUUACACGUGAUUGUUUCCAAUCCUUGUAUAUGUAUAAACGCAAUGUCUUCGUGUUGCUAGGAAAGUUGAUAAAAUUGUUUAAUGAAAUAUAACUAAACCUACAAGCAGCAUUAUUUGUGAGUCCAAACGUCUAACAGCAUGCAUAGUCUCAAGGUGAGGGUUUAGGUAUUUCGUCUCUUAACUGAAGACUGCUGUGAAAAAAUAUAUCUUUCGUAUACUGUUUGACUAUAUAUAUACUUGUGACACAUGUUAAUACUAGCUACAUGCUGGCGAGGACGUUUGCGUAUUAUUUGUAUAUUAUCUUUAUAACUCCAAAAUAAAAUAUUGCGAUCUA